UAUCUAAAAAUACUAUUGAUUUGCUAAAAGAAGUUGAAACAAUUUGCAAUCAUGCAGGUCAUGUUCAAACCAAUAAUGACUUGGCUAUUUUUGUAAAUCAAUUAAGCAACAAAUAUCCAUUAUCUCAAAAUGAUAUUGAAGAUCCUGCAACUAUAGCUACCAAAGGAAAACCAAGUAGUACUAAGCGACAAAAAACUGGUGCUGAACAUGCUGUUAAAAAA